UUUCCUCGGCGGGAUUCUAUUUCACCGGCAUUUCUCUCUGCCUUAGCUAGGCCAUUCAAAAGGCUGUCUUAGUCGCGUUUUCCACCGAUAUGUCAACUCUGGAAACAGGCACAUAAAGGGGCCAUAAAACGACGCAGGGAACAGCCAUCUCACGGCGGUUAAAUCUACUGCACCUUGUUUAACUCUCCGCUGCCCGGCACUCUACUUCUACAGCAAGCUCCAUCAGUCUGUAACUCUCCGCAGCCCAGCUCAGUGCUCAGGCAGUAGCAAGUGCGUCGUCGUUUCACAGCGGUGAACAUGGCGACUCGCCGCUCCGCCAGACUGGACUGUGUUCUGGUCCUGAUCGGCUUUAUCCUACAGGCAGUUGACGGCGCAUCUUACCGCACGAGACCACAGCCGACUGCAGUGCUGCAGGGGCAGACUGUGACACUGACGUGCUCGUUUGAUGGACUAGCAGAUGACGACACAGUGAUAUGGGAGGGUGGAGCAGAUGAUAAAACCAUCGCGUUUGGAGGCAAUGUCCCCAAGGUCUAUAGACGUCACAAAAUCACAGGAGAUGCUUCUCGAGGAGAGUACAACUUGGAAAUUGAACGAGUGAAGCCAGAGGAUGAAGGGAAGUACAGUUGCUACACUGAUCCGAACGCUGUUGCUGACGCCACUUUAACUGUUGUUGUUCCCAUGACCGGACCUCCAACGAUAGAAGGCGGCGAACUUCCCGUCACGGCAGGUGAACAGCUGUCCCUCACCUGCCGAUCUACAGGUGGACAUCCCUCACCUCGACUCACCUGGUUCAACGGUACACACCGCUUUAGAGCUGCCAGCGUGUCGAAUCAACGUGACCAGACUGUGGAGCUGUUCAUCCCCCGGCUGACCAAGUGGGACAACGGCGCCAACUUCACCUGCCUGGCCGACCAGGGGUUCCCCGAGCUCGCCAAGCCUAAGGCAUCAUCCAGGAUCCUGAGAGUCAAGUACCCACCGCUGGUGCAGGUGCCCAGUCCGUCCGUCCACGUGAGAGAGGGUGAGCCGGCCAGCCUCAGCUGUAUGGUGGACAGCAACCCCAAGGCUACUGUCACAUGGCGGAAAGUCGGGGGCACAAUCCCGAUGCUCAACAUGAUGAGAGACCAUGUCCUCCAUCUCCCGAAGGUGUCAAAGCACGACGGCGGACUGUACCAAUGUGACGCCAACAAUGGGGUCCUUCCAAUGGGAUCUGGAACAGUCACUCUCCAAGUUUAUUAUCCUCCUGUAAUAGAGGCUACAAUGGAGGACGAGCUGACGAUGCUGUACGGCCAGGACGACCAGUCUCUCCAGUGCAUUGCUGACGGGAACCCCAAGCCUCACAUCCGCUGGCGGCGGAAGGAUACAAGUCUGUACUGGGACAACCCGCUCCGCUUCCACCGGGUGCGUUACGACGUGCAGGGCACGUAUCAAUGCGUGGCUGCCAGCGACGGCUUCCAGGAAGUCACCAAAAACGUCUUCGUCAACGUUGUCGGUCGGCCAUCUAUCCAGCCAGGCCUUCCAGUGGUGACAGUACCUGAGGGUAAUACCGCGAGGUUUAACUGCGAGAUUCUCGGGGACCCGCUCCCAGGCAGAGUGAGCUGGUUCCGGCAGAGUAAGCAGGGGAAGGAGAGCGUUGUCAUGGCGACGGAAGUUGGCGUGUCAAUCACUGAAAAUCCAACAGAUGACGGAACGUCCAGCACCCUCCUCCUGAAGGAUGUCGGGAUUCCUCAGGAGGGGACGUACAUCUGUCAGGCCUCCAACAUGUUCGGGGAGGCGCGCAGGGAGAUCCGGCUGGAAGUUUUUAGCUCCAGCGGGUCUCUGGUCGUCAUCUCCGUUUCCAUGGUGACGGCUGGUCUGGGGAUUUUGGCGGCGAUUAUCGUCUGCGUGGCAGUCAAGAAGGGGUGGAUCUGCAGGGAGGAGAAGAGAGACACAUCUACAUUGUCCUCUACACGCUCGAUGCCUCCCAUCCCCAAGUCCGUGAAGAGACUGGGGCAUGGCACGAACGACUCCGGUGUGGAGGACCUGGAACUGCAGGAGUUGGACGGGACGCUGAAGCCACGUCCGCCGCCUCGGCCCGGGAAGGAGUGGACGUCCGUGGGGCUGUCCUACACAGGGCUGGCACAUUCCAGCACACUGCCGCCGUACACAACGGUGGAGAGAAACCGUCCGGACGGAGAGGACAUCCGAUCACGUGGGGGCAUUCCGGAGGAGGCUGUAAUGUCAGAUGCAGUUUGCAUGCCGAUGGACGUUCCUGUUCCAGCAGCGAAGGGAAAGUGGAAGAGACGAGCGCCCCCUGGCGGUGCACCCGGACCUGCCAGUGUGCGGGAACCACCGCGAGCGCCACCUGGCGGAGCAUUUGAGCAUGCCAAUUUGCGUGAGCCGCCGCGAGCGGCCUCUAGCGGAACACCUGGACCUGCCAUUGUGCUGCAUGAUUCCCAAGCCGAGAGUAUCUAAGAUAGUCUGCAGACAGAAGAGAUGGCAACGGGUAAGAAUAUAAAUCCUGGCUGUCUGUAAAAGCUGUCAUUGCGUUUUCUCUAGAUACCUAAUUAUGGCGAUGGCGCUUAAUGGAUGACACUCACCGAUAGUGGCUGUACAUUCGCUGUACAUUCAUGAUGUGCUUUAAAUAGCUUUAAAUUGUGUGUGGGACGUCAAACACAUGUCCGUUGAGAUGUGCGCACCACUCAUGGUAGCCAUAUACAUGUCCUCCUAGUGCAAUUUCGAAUCUAAAGAAUCUACCUUGAACAGCAAAACCUUUAAUCGCAUUAAAAUUGUAAAGGUAGAAUAUUAAUGAAGAAAUUCUACAAUGAUGCUCAAUGUAAUCUCCAACAUACAUACAUGUACUUGAGGAAUGAAGUUUCAGGUUCAUAACAGAAUUGUAUGGCACAUGUCGAUGAUGUAUAUAAUAUACAAUGUAGAUGAUGACCCUUGGUCAAGCUUGUUAGGCAAGAUUCCAAUGCGCAGAUUUUUGUCGAACUAGCUAUUCAUAUUUAAGGCUUCAUAUUAAACGCUUUAUCAACAUAUCAAACUAAAUAUCGAUCUUUAAGAUCUACAA